UGUCCGUCACUUUUUAAUCUAAGCCGUUCAUUAAUUUUUUUUUAAACUAAAUUCUCCGAUCUUUAUCGUUGCCUUCCCCUGGUCAUUUCGGCACUCGCUCCGUCUGUUGUCGUUGUGCUGUCUUCCUCCGUCGGCCAUGAUCAUCGCAGAUCUGGAGGGAAGAUGUCAUUGUAGCAUUGAUUGAAUACCUGAAGUUUCUUACGAUGGAAAAAGACCUUGGAUGCAGUCUCUAAAAUGGUUUCCUUCAGUACCUUUUCAUGUACCAUUGUUGUUACCUUGAUCUUGAUUCGUAUCCUUUAUGUGAUAUUAUGGGGCAGUAGACCAUUAAGUCGAAGGGCUGCAAAGCCUCUUCGCACCCUGAUUCUUUUGGGGUCAGGUGGUCAUACAGCUGAGAUGCUUAAUCUCCUUGUGCUACAGAAAGAUAGGUUUACUCCAAGAUUCUAUAUUGCUGCAGCUACAGAUAAUAUGAGUCUUCAAAAAGCUCAGUUGCUGGAGAACAACCUUGCAGCUGAGAAUGGAACCAGGGUUCCCGAUAUUGCUCAAUUCAUGGAGAUAUAUCGGAGCAGGGAAGUUGGUCAAUCAUAUAUAACCUCAAUUUGGACCACUUUGAUUGCAAUGAUACAUGCAUUGUGGCUAAUGAUUAAAAUUAGGCCUCAAGUGAUUCUUUGCAAUGGACCUGGAACUUGCAUUCCAAUAUGUGCAAUUGCAUUCUCUUUUAAGGUAUUGGGGAUCCGGUGGUCAUCAGUUUUCUAUGUUGAGAGUAUUGCAAGAGUUAGAAGACUUUCCUUAAGUGGCCUGCUUUUGUACAAGUUCCGGAUGGCCGAUCAGCUUUUUGUUCAAUGGCCUCAGUUGCAAAGGGAAUAUCCACGAGCUACCUAUGUUGGUCGUUUGAUGUAGUUUAUUAGUUCCUGAUUCCGUAAAUCCGACAUUUUUGUUUUGUUUCUUCAAAUUACAUUGCAAUUAUGUGCCAAAAAAUUACAUUCCAAUUACAAUGAUAUAUGUUGUUUGAAUA